AAUGGAAUCAACUGCGAGUCUUCUGCAAAUUCACGUUUUAAUAAUACAAAAAUAUCCACAACCGAUCAGACACAAAAUCCCUCACAUAUCUUGCAUUUAAUAAAUCCUUAUUAGGGAACUUCAUAAAAAAGUCUCAACAGAGCCCCACCACCUGUCAUCCCCAUUCACCACCGUUACCAAACACGGCCAUGGGCCUCGCCGGAAGACCCACCAACACAGAACCCGACUGCGAAUCCUCUCUUCUCCUAUCCACAACCACCGCCGCAUCACCAACUAUCCCAAAAGACAAAUUCAACUUCGCAUACAUAAUCCACUUCACAUUAGGCGUCGGCUUCUUACUUCCAUGGAACGCCUUCAUAACCGCCGUCGACUACUUCUCAGCCAUCUACCCCGGCGUCCCCGUCGACCGGAUCUUCGCCGUCGCUUAUAUGUUAGUGGGUCUUUGUUGUCUGGCGGUAAUUGUGUGUUACGCUCAUGUUUCCGAUGCUUAUGUUAGAAUCAAUGUGGGUUUGGCUGUCUUUGUUGUAUCUCUGUUGAUUGUUCCGGUUAUGGAUGCGGUUUAUAUAAAGGGUCGGGUCGGGUUGUACGGCGGGUUUGAUGUUUCGGUUGCGGCGAUUGCGUUGUCUGGUGUGGCGGAUGCGUUGGUUCAAGGUGGGUUAGUUGGGGCGGCUGGUGAAUUGCCUGAGAGGUAUAUGCAAGCCAUUUUUGCCGGCACGGCUGGUUCUGGGGUUCUUGUCUCAUUUAUGAGGAUCAUAUCCAAAGCUGUAUAUACACAAGAUGAGAUUGGCCUCAGAAAAAGUGCAAAUCUCUAUUUUGCUGUUGGGAUUGUGGUUAUGGCCAUAUGUGUUGUCUUUUACAAUGUGGCACAUCACCUUCCGGUUAUGAAGUACUAUAAAGAUCUGAAAACUCAAGCUGUGAUUGAGGAAAAGAAAGAGAAAGGGUCUUUAACCGGCGCUCAGUGGAGAUCAGUGUUAUGGGAGAUUGUUGGGAGUGUCAAGUGGUCCGGGAUUGGAAUUGUUCUCGUAUGCCUUGUGACACUUGCGAUAUUUCCCGGGUAUAUAACUGAGGAUGUGCACUCCGAGGCUCUCAAGGACUGGUAUUCGAUCCUUCUUAUUACUGGGUACAAUGUGUUUGACUUGGUCGGAAAGUGUUUGACUUCGGUCUACCUUCUGGAGAAUGCGAAGAUUGCUGUUGGUGGCUGUUUUGCAAGAUUGCUCUUUUUCCCACUAUUCUUAGGUUGUUUGCACGGUCCUGAAUUCUUCCGAACGGAGAUCCCAGUGACAUUCCUCACUUGUCUUUUGGGUCUCACUAAUGGCUACUUGACCAGUGUUUUGUUUAUUUUGGCCCCCAAAAUGGUGUCAGUACAGCAUGCUGAGACUGCUGGGAUAGUGAUGGUAUUGUUCCUAAUUCUUGGUCUGGCUACUGGUUCGAUUCUAGCUUGGUUCUGGGUCGUUUAAUAUCGAACCCAAUUUCCGUUAACGAUGUUUCUGUAAGUUUCCGUUAACGAUAUUUUACUUGUAUCUGUAAAUUUUUCUUCAAACUAAUUGUUGAUAUAAUUAUUUCAAUGCGAUUGAAAUAGAAUUGUAAACA